UGAACGAAUAAGAAGAAGCAAACAUUUCAAUUUUACAUCUUUCACUUUCACUUUGAAUCACUGUGAAGAUAACUUUAAAAUCGUCUCAAGGUUUGGGUCAGUCAAUAUACAUCAAUUGAUCUCAUCGAACGUUAAAAACGUCUAAAAUAGUUCAAACUAAAAUACCAUUUUUUACAAUUAUUUUAUCUAUUUGAUCAACACUAAAUACAACAAUGCAAUACCUAUUAAUUGCUGCUAUUUUAAUCGUUUCAUUUGGUUCCCAGACAAUCAAUGGCCAAACUGCUUCAUGUCACAUGAGAGAGCUCGAUCUUUGUACAGCAACUUUAUUGGUUUUCACCCAGAAUUCUCAAGGAAUACAAGGAACUGAAGCUGAAAUUGAACGACAAUGUGGUUACAUUAGAGAGGCUUCAUCAUGUCGCCAUAACUAUACCAGACGAUGUAUCUCACCAUUGCAACGGGAAUUAGUCGAUUUCAUUGCUGAAGGAGGUAAAAGUCUUGCAGAUGAAUUUUGUACUCCAGGAACAGAGAUACGAGCUGAAUAUAAAAAACAUGCUAAAUGUUUGAGUGAAGCUCGAUCUCAAUCAAAACAAUGCACCAAGGAUUUACAGCGAUCCCUUGAGGAAGUAUCACAAACUACUUGGGAUAAUCGAGUAGCUAUGGCGUGUUGUGGUUACAACCGAUUCCAAGAUUGUGUCACUGUUUCAAUUACAAAUAGAUGUGGUGAGGCUGCCCUUGAUUUGAGUCGUAAAAUAGUUCGACUAUCUUCAUCUCGAUUACCUGAGUUCCUAUGUCAAUCCUAUCCAUCUACAAGUGCCAAAUGUGGAGAAAUUUUGCCACCCGCAGGAACUGAACCUCUUGGUGUUCGUUCAAAUAGUGUUUUAUCCCGAAUCUUUUCAAGUUACACUGGAAAUUGAAACCCAAAAUAAUUUGUAUUUAAUUAAUGACAACCUCUUUGCAAUAAUUUACCAUUAAAAUGGUUGAAACAUGAAGAUGAUGUAAUUCAAUUGAGUUACUCUUGUAUUAGUAAACGUAUUGAAAUUGAUAUUUCUUGUUAAUAAAAAAUCUUGAUAAAAA